GGGAAUUUUGCAUUGGAAAAAGUAUCGAAGCAUUUUUGUGACAGAAAUCUACAGUUUAAUUCGAAGCGCAUUAGUGCGUCCAAGCACCGAUUUAACGCAGGCUCCAAUUUAAUUGUGAUUAUUUCAGAGUGAAGCACCAAAAAAAAUGGAUGCAUUUUGUAAUUCAACGUUCUGGGAUUUGAAUGUCACAUGGUAUACAGAUGAUCCCGAUUUUACACCGUGCUUUCAACAAACAGUUUUGGUAUGGGUACCGUGUGUCUUUCUGUGGCUUUUCACGCCUUUAGAAAUUUACUUUAUGAAAAGUAGCAAAAAUCGAAAUGUUCCGUCUGGAUUUUGUUAUUCAUGCAAAUUAACCUUAACACUGGCGCUAAUUGUUCUAUCUCUCGUUGAUUUGACCAUGGCUAUAGACCGUAGUGACAGAAAUACAGUUUAUCCGGUAUCAUACUGCACACCAAUUAUCAAAAUGAUUACGUUUAUUCUAUCGGCUGUGUUGCUUGAGGCGAAUCGUAAAUAUGGUUUGCGAACGUCAGGAUUACAGUUUUUGUUUUGGUUUCUUUUGCUAAUAUUCGGAAUCCCAGAGUUACGUGCUCAAACACGCGGCCGUCACAUUCUAGUAGUCCACCAUAAUGCUGCCGAGCGCUAUUCGAUCACCAGUUAUUUGAUUUGUUACGUAUUCUCAUUGGCCAUUUUUAUAUUUAACUGCUGUGGUGAUGAUGAACCACGUCAAACCAAAUACCCAAAAUCGGAUAAACCAUAUCCAGAAUUGGGAGCCAGUUAUUUAUCACGACUCUUUUACGCCUGGUUUGAGCCAUUGGUGUGGAAAGGCUCGAGCAAGCCACUUGAACAGAACGAUCUGUGGGAUAUUAAUCCGGAAGAUUCGUCAAAAGAAUUGAUACCAGUCUAUUUAAAGUACUGGAAUCGGCCUGCUGCCAAGGCUCCCGGUUAUAAUCGUCUCUCAGACACUCCAGAGCAAGAGAAGAAGAAAACUGCAUCAAUUUUCACUCCCAUUUGCAAGGCAUUCGGAUCGGCUUAUUUGUUUGCCGCUAUUUUGAUGUUGAUUCCAGAUGUUUUAAUUUUUGUAUCACCACAAUUGCUUCGUGCUCUUAUAAACUUCGUUAACGCCGCAGCAGUAAAAGCACCAGAUAGUACUGCAAAUGGAAAUGAGCCUGCACAAAAUAUAAAACAAAAUCCAUUAUGGCAUGGUAUUUUCUAUGCUGUGCUAUUAUUUGUCGUGGCCACCUUACAAACUUUAUUGAGUUCACAAUGUUCCCAACGCAUAGCUAUGGUUGGAUUGCGUAUCCGUACCACACUUGUUAGUACAGUCUACCGAAAAGCCCUACGCCUAUCAAACACCGCCAGAAAAGAAUCGACCGUCGGCGAGGUUGUUAACUUGAUGGCGGUCGAUGCACAACAUUUAAUGGACCUUUCAAGUUAUAUACAUGAGAUUUGGUCGUGUCCAUUAAAAAUUGCACUAGCGCUUUACUUCCUAUAUGAUCUGCUUGGGUAUUCCGCCUUCGCUGGCCUUGCCGUAAUGAUCAUCUUGAUUCCAUUGAAUGGAUUCUUCGGCAACAAGGUUCUGAAUCUUCAAAUUCGCCAAAUGAAAAACAAAGACGAGCGUGUUAAAAUGAUGAAUGAAAUUCUCAGUGGAAUGAAAGUAAUCAAACUGUAUGCUUGGGAGCCAAGCUUCGAGGACCAAGUGCAAAAUAUUCGUGGAAAGGAAAUUAAAGUGAUGACAGAGUCUGCCUAUAUGUUUGCUGGAGCAGCAGUUAUUUGGACCAGUGCCCCACUUUUGGUUUCCUUAGUGUCCUUUAUCUGUUUCAUUCUUAGUGACGAAAAGAACAUAUUGGAUGCAACAAAAGCAUUCGUCUCUAUUUCUCUAUUUGACAUUUUGCGGGCUCCUCUAUCAUCGUUGCCGAUAAUAAUUUCAAUUUUGGUUCAAGCCAGUGUUUCUGUGACGAGAAUCAACAAAUUCAUGAACAGCGAGGAAUUGGAUCCACAAAAUGUAUCGCAUGAUCCGUCUGAUGAAACACCUUUUUCAAUUGAAGGUGGAACAUUUAGCUGGGGCAAUGAUGAACCAAGCCUGAAGAACAUUGAUUUACAAGUUAAUAAAGGCCAUUUGGUUGCUGUUGUUGGUACAGUCGGAUCAGGAAAAAGUUCAAUUAUUUCCGCGAUCUUGGGUGAAAUGGACCGAUUAUCGGGUCGUGUCAAUACAACCGGAACAAUUGCAUACGUUUCGCAACAGGCUUGGAUUCAGAAUGCUACACUUCAAGACAACAUUUUAUUCGGCAAACCAAUGGAUCGCAAGCGUUACAAUCAAGUCAUUGCUGUUUGCGCAUUGAAACCGGAUCUUGAAAUGCUUCCAGGUGGCGAUGCAACUGAAAUCGGUGAAAAGGGUAUCAAUUUGUCUGGUGGUCAAAAGCAGCGUGUCUCACUCGCCCGUGCCGUGUACAACGAUGCUGAUAUUUACCUCUUGGAUGAUCCUCUCAGCGCGGUGGACGCUCAUGUCGGCAAGCAUAUUUUCGAAAAUGUUAUCGGACCAACGGGUGUUUUGGCCACGAAAUCCAGAUUGCUCGUGACGCAUGGCAUCACCUAUUUGCCAAAUGUGGAUAAUAUUUACGUAGUUAAAGAAGGUGAAAUCAGUGAAUCGGGUACAAUGAAAGAAUUGAUGACCAAAAAGGGUGACUUUGCCGAGUUUCUGAUCCAACAUUUGGAAGAAGAAGAAGAAGAGAAUCUAAACGAGGAGGUCGAGAAUUUGAUUGAAUUUGAAGAGGAUUUAGAUGAAAUUUAUCACCAAAUCGAAUUGACAACAGGAUCAGUCUCAGUUGCAGAGCUUCGUAGAAAAUUUGAACGCGUACUAAGUCGAUCACACAAUCGUUCAAUCAACAACCAAUCACCUAGUGGAGGAUCACGCAAUGAAAUUCAUUUGGAAACGGUACCAUUGAAUGAAAAUUUAUCGACUGAAAAUACAAUUUCAAAUGAGGACAGCGAACAUAGUUUAGAUAAUUAUGUCAAUGAUGACGAUAGACAAAAACUCAUUGAGGAUGAGGAUGCUGGAAUGGGAAGUGUCAAAUGGGAUGUAUACAAGCAUUAUGCCAAGAGUAUUGGUAUUUGGUUAGCUAUUUUAACCAUCAUUUUGAACAUCGCUCACCAAGGACUGGUUGUUGGAUCGAACAUGUGGCUUGCAAAGUGGUCAAAUGAUAUAGCAGCUUCGAAUGAUACCUACGAAAGAAACGUUUACUUGGGUGGUUAUGCUGGUUUUGGUUUUGGACAAGUUUUACUCAGUUUUUGCACAUGGUUGAUAGUAACGUUGGGUUUUAUAAAUUCAGCAAAAGUAAUGCAGGAAAGUUUAUUGAAAAAUGUGCUUCGCUGGCCGAUGGAAUUGUUCGACACGACUCCAGUCGGUCGAGUGUUGAAUCGAUUCUCAAAAGACGUGGAAAUGGUCGACAAUGUAUUGCCAAACCUCAUUCGAUCAUGGAUUGUGAUGUUUUUCAUGGUUUUAGCAACGCUGGUCGUAAUCACGAUAUCAACAUAUAUAUUUUUGGCCGUUAUUUUGCCACUUGGUAUUGUUUACUAUUUUGUGCAACGAUUCUAUGUGGCAACUUCAUGUCGAUUGAGACGUCUGGAAUCGGUAUCACGGUCGCCAAUCUACUCCCACUUUGGGGAAAGCAUUCAAGGAGCAUCGAUCAUCCGGGCAUAUAACGUUCAAGAAAGGUUCAUUAAGUGUUCCGAUGAUCGAGUUGAUUUCAAUCAAAAAUGCUAUAUUCCAUCCGUGUUUGCGACUCGUUGGUUGUCUGUUCGUUUAGAAAUGAUUGGCAAUUUAAUCAUUUUGUUCGCUGCAUUGUUUGCUGUCUUGAGUCGCGAUACACUCGAUCCAGGAACGGUUGGACUUUCGGUUUCAUAUGCAUUGCAAAUUACGCAAUCGUUGAACUUUUUGGUACUUAUGACAAGUGAGGUUGAAACCAACAUUGUUGCCGUUGAACGUAUCAAAGAAUAUAUUGUUGUUUGA